GUACUUUAACAGAGCCCCUCUUUGGGCAGAAUAAGUCACUUUACUUCGUCCAUAACUCGACGUGUGAACGACUAUUUUCACCAUUAAUGUCUCCGCUCACGGCUCAGAACACCAGCGGCUCAUAAUCAAGUAUUUAAAGGGACACUAAUGUCGUGCACGCUGCUCAGCGCCUCUGGAGCUCGGAUUGAUCUGGACGACGGUCGAGCUGUGAUUGUGGGCCGCGGUCCGGACUCUGGCGUCACCGAUAAGAAAUGUUCCAGGCACCAGGUGAAGCUGGUUGCGUGCUAUGCAGACCAGGAUGUGGUUGUGACACAGCUCGGUGCCAACCCCAGUUACCUGGACGGCGUGAAGCUGGGUCGGGGCCAGUGUGGCAAACUGACCCAUGGAAGCGUCCUGUACCUGGUUAACCUGAACCAUCCAUUCAAAGUUCACUACUCUCAGAGUUCCAGUGAUAAAACCUCCAGCGCUGCACAGAAAGCCAGUGAUAAGACGAAAGGAGGAAGAGAAGAAAGAGAGACACAGUCGAGUCCCAAACCUAAGCGCAGUAUAAAGGAUUUCUUCUCCUCCUCCCCCUCAAAGUCCUCCAAAAGACAACUGAGUUCAGACGGGGGUCACCCAAAGGUGAAGCGCCAAAAGACAGAGGAGGAGGAGGCCUCGGGUGGAUGGAUGAAGGACGAAGAAGAGGAGGAGGAGAAACUGGCUGAGGAAAAGCUGAGGCAGCUGCAGGAGUUUGCUGAAAAAUCUGCAACAAUGAGCAGUAACAGCCUCCAGCCAGCACAGUCUUCAUCAUCAUCAUCAUCAUUAAAGGGAUGUCCAAAGAGCAGCUGGCAGAAGAAAGACACCCUGAUGUUUUACACUGGUGCUGGAGUCAGAGGGAGUGACAAGAUUGCUGGGUUCGACAUAGACGGCUGCAUCAUCACCACCAAGUCCGGGAAAGUCUUUCCCACGGCACCAGACGACUGGAGGAUUCUGUUCCCAGAGAUUAAGCCCAGGUUGGCCGCGUUGGACAGAAAAGGUUAUAAGGUGGUUUUCUUCACUAACCAACUGGGGAUCACUAAAGGAAAACUGAGACCAGAGGUUUUCCAAUCUAAAGUGGAGGACAUCGUCGCUGCACUGCAGCUUCCUGUGCAGGUGUUUGUAGCAACCAGCCCUGGAAUCUACAGGAAACCGGUUUGGGGAAUGUGGAAUCACCUUUGUGAGCUGGCCAAUGACGGCGUCACAGUUGAUAAGUCUGUCAGUUUUUAUGUGGGAGAUGCUGCAGGAAGACCAGAGAACUGGGCUCCAGGGAAGAAGAAGAAGGAUUUCUCCUGCAGUGACCGACUGUUUGCUGUGAACGUUGGGCUGCAGUUCCACACACCAGAGGAGUAUUUCCUGGGAUGGAAGAAAGCUCCCUACCGCCUGCCCGACUUUGACCCUAGGAAGCUCGACAGCGCCGCCAGGCUGUAUGACCCUCCGAUGGCCGCACUCACGUCCAGCCACACAGAGGUCAUCGUUGCCGUGGGUUUCCCUGCCUCGGGUAAAUCCACGUUCUUCCACACUCACAUCAUUCCCAAAGGUUACGUGUAUGUCAAUAGGGACACACUUGGUUCAUGGCAGAGCUGUGUUUCGGCGUGUGAGCGCGCUCUGAGGGAAGGCCGCAGCGUUGCCGUGGACAACACCAACCCGGAUCCUGAGUCUCGUAAACGUUAUGUGGACGUGGCGACAGCAGCAGGAGUCGCCUGUCGCUGUUUCCACUUCACGGCCUCUCUGGAACAAGCCAAACACAACAACAGAUUCCGUGAAAUGGCUCCAUCACAAGGCAAACAUGCAAAGGUCAAUGACAUGAUUUUCCACAGCUACAAGAAACACUUUGUAGCUCCUGCUGUCUCCGAGGGAUUCUCAGAGAUCCUCCAAAUCCACUUUGUCCCAAACUUUAAAGAUAGCGAAGCAGAAACCCUCUUCAGACUGUUUUCUGAAGGCUGAGUCAACCACCGUCUUUCUGAAGCUAUCACGACGCUGCUGCUGAUGUUGAGAUGAGAGUGUGCUUGUAUGAGAUGGAACAGAGAGGUUAUAUAGAUCGUGGGAUUGUAUGAUGACGGAUAAGCACCGACUUUGCUUUAUCUCACUGUUCAACAGCGUUUUGUAAAUUGAAGUUUGUUUGUCUGUUUCUCUGCUGAGUCACUGGCCUGUUAAUGAGUCAUUUUCAACAUCUGCCGACAGUCAUUGUGUUUGUGAGGUUCAACGUUUGUGUGUCAGUGCUGAUCCACAGUGACGGUGGAUCAGCACUGACUAGUAUCAGGACCUAAAGCAACUUCACUGCAACAGCAAAAAAAAACAAAAAACCUCAAGCCAGGCGUCGCAUUCAGUUUUAUAAAAUAAUAAGAAAAAGAAUAAACUGAGAAAAAAGAUUUAAUACUUUGUUAACAGAACAUUUACAGUGUUUGUAAUACUGUGAUACUGUGAUGGAUACUUGUGACUCUUCCUGAACAUUGUAGAUAAAGUUGUGAACACAUGA